AAAGGCUGCUGAUGCAAUUUGCUCUCGCGUUUCGAUCGAUUCGUUUGUAUAAAUAGGCCCUCGGUCCUAUUGUUGAAAUCAUUCGAUUCGCACCUUGCUUUCGAUUAACUAGUCCUUUGCGCAUACGAACAAAAGUUCUAACAAAAGAACCAUGUUCAAGUUCAUCGUUAUUUGUGGAUGUUUGAUGGCAGUGGCCCAUGCCGGUUUAAUCGGUGGGGGACUCCUCACGAGUGUUCCAGUCGCCGCUGUCCAACCAACGUUGGCUCUUCGUCCUACCAUUGCAACAGCUUCAUCGUCUUCCAACAUUGUUCGAGGAAUCGGUCCGGUAGGAACAACCAUCGUCGGGGGAAGAGCUUUGAUCGGAGAGCAAGGUGUGACUACACUGCUUGCUCCUUCUGGUAUUGCUGGAGGAUUAGCAGUGAAUGGUUACGGACUUGGUGCAGGUGGACCGAUUCUUGGACUUUGGUAAAUUGGAAAAAUUUAAGAGCUCGUUGGUAUAAAAUCUCUCCCUCAAUUCGCGAUUUAUGGUGUCACAGAAUGUCUAAUUGAUGUAACAAUAUGAUUAAAUUCGAUUGAAAAAUAAAACACAAAUAAUAUACUGAAA